AUGAUCAUUGACAUUGGAGGUGAAAAGACAAAAUUGGGGACUUAUGGGGAGGUAGUAAAUAGUUUUCGGGUUAUUGAAUCAAAACAAGGUAAACAAGAAAUCCCUUCUGUUAUUGCAUUAAAUGAUCAAGGAGACAUUCAAUUUGGUGAAAAUGGUGAAAGGGUUAUGGGAAAUAAAGGAUAUGUAUCAAUAAAAUACCCAAUGCUUAUUAAUUCUAUUACACAAAAAUUAAAUGAACAACAUAAAUCAAAGAGGUUUGAAUGGAUAUUUAGAGAUGGAGAUGGAAUAAGUGUAUUGGAAGAUGAGCCAUUAAAAAUAAAAAUUGGAGGAAUAACUGCGUCAUACGGAUUUCUUAUAUCAGCAUAUAUUGAUGAAUUAAUUGAUCACAUAGAUAUUAAAGAAGGAAAUAUCAAAACUGAUUAUCCAUCUGUCUUUAGUAUUCCAAGUUUUUUCAAUAAUAAACAACUUGAUAUAUUGUAUAACAGUAUGACUGCACUUACAACUGAAGUAGAUGAUCAACAAGAUGCUGUUGUUGGUGACGAUAUACCAAAAGAUGAUAUAAAAGAUAUUGAUGGUGAAAUUCAAGAGUUACAAAAUGAGGUGUCUCAAUUAGAUGAUGAUAAAUUUAUUCAACAAAAAAAAGAAUCAAAAAAGAAAAAUAAUAAGAAGACAAUAAAGACAAAUAAAAAGAAGAAUAAAAAAAGAGUUAAAGGAUUAAAAAAAUCUAAAGAAAAUGAAGAAGAAUUUCAGUUAGAAGAUAAUCAAGAAGAAGAAUUUCAAUUAGAAGAUGACAUUAAUACUUUAAAAGAUGAAGAAUUAAAAGAAGAUACAGAUAAUAACUUUGAACCAGUUGAAAAUAAAUUAUUUAAAAGAUUAAAAGAAACAACACUCUUUGCUUCUAACCAUGUUAUUCACGCACUUGCAUAUUAUUCUACUGAAAAUAAUGAAAUUAUUAAUCCAGCAAAUAAACCUAUUAUUGUCAUUGAAUUUGGUGCAUCAUAUUGUCGUGCAACUAAAUUUAUUAUUAAAGGAAAGAAAACAAUUAAAAUUCUUCAACAUGAAGUUGAUUUCAAUAUUAAUACUCGUAAAUUAAAUCAUAAUGUAUUUUUAAUGGUAUUAAAGAAAUUCGUUAAUACAGAAGAAAUAGUUAAUAAAAUUAAAAAUAUGGCACCACAUCAACUUGCAGAAUUAUGGAAAAGUAUUGACGAAAUGAGAAUUAAAUUAUCUGCUAAUGAACAACUAAUAACUGAAUUUAUGAAUCAGAAAAUUAUUCUAGAACAAAAUGAAUUUAACUUACUUUUGAGAGAAGAGUUACACGAAUUAACUCAGAUGUUACUUUCUAUGAAAAGUAAAGAUCGAGAUGAUCUUGUUUACCUUACAGGUGGGUUAAGUUAUACCCCAAUAUUAAAAGAAAAAGUAAAAGAUAUAUUUGGUACUUAUUCUUCUAAGAUUGGUAGUAAACAAAUGUUAGAAGGAAUGAAAUUUGAGAAUGAAUAUGACUCUGAUAAUUGUUUUGAUAUGUAUGAAGUUGAAGGUAAAGUACAUAUAAAAGUAGUUUCAUUGAGUGAAGGUUUUAUUGAAAGUAUUGUUGCUAGUGGUGGAAUUAAACGAGUAAAUAAAGAGAGAGAAGACUUAAUCUCAUUAAUAAGAAAAAGAAGAACGAACAAUGAAAUAGUACAAAAACAAAUUAUGAAAAAAGUAGAAUAUCAAACUUUGUUGAUGACAUAUCGUGAUAAUAAAGUAUGUAAAAAAGAUAAAGCAUUUAUGGAAUUUAUUUAUUCAGAGUUAGAUUUACUUGAUAAUGAAAAAUUAUAUCCUUUAGAUGAAAUUGAAACCAAAAUAAAAGAGGCAAAACGUUUAUAUGAUGAACUCCUUCAUGGAGAUCCAAAUAAAGAAACAAUAGAUCAAGACUUAAAAGAAGAUGAAGAGGAAGAAAAUAAAAAAAAAGAAAAAUUUAUAAAUGAUGAGAUAAAAUCAAAUAAAGAAGAGUUGAAUCAAAAAAAUAUUGAAAAUGAAGGAGAUGAUGAUGAUAAUGAAAUUGAAGAAAAACAAGAAAAAGAUACUACUAAAAAAAAAAGACCAAAUGACGAAGAAAAAGAAAGACUUAGAAAAAUAAAAGAAGAAUGGAAAAAACAUUUAAAUGACAAGGAUAAUCUAAAACAACAACAAAAAAAUCCAAAGAAAGAUGAAGAAGAAAAAUUAUUUAUCACAGCUAAAGAUGCUUUAAAUAAUCUCAAAGAUAAAGUAAAUAAAAAAGGUAUUCAAGACAAUACACUAAACGAUUUGUUUAAUAAAAUUGAGAAAAAAAUAAAUGAUAAAACACUAACUAACAAUGAAUUCUUGGAAUAUUUUGAAACUAUAAAAAAACAACUUACGAUAGAUUCUACUAAACAAUCAUUAUUAUCAAGUUAUUUCAUAAAGUCAAUAGUUGUUUUAUUAUGUUGUGUCUUUGUUGGAAUAAUUAUUCUUUUCUUUAUUAAGUCCAAGAGAAAAUCAACUGAAGUUGAAUUAGAAGAUAUCAGGGAACGAUGA